AUGUCAAUCGUGAGGGCACUAUACGUGUCCGUCAUGCGCCUCCUGCAAUUGAUUAUUUCCUUCUUCCGGAGUUUGUGCAAUGGAAAUCGAAAUAAGAAGCGAAUGGAAAUGGAUGAUGUGCCAUUUGAAGUAGUCGUCGACAACAUCCGAGGGGACAGAAAGGGCGAAGAACGUGCAUCACUGCUACAAAAUGAAGUUACCGACACGUGGGGCGACGACGACUGGGACAAGAAAGAAGAAGUGAAUGACAAGAUUGAGCAAUGGAGAAAUAACAACGCUCAGAAAACCGACACCCAACAGCCAAAGCCGGAAGACGACCUGUUCAGCACAUUGGAGCCAACAAUCACUAGCGCUAGAAAGGUAGUCGUGGCACCACGUGGAGGACACAGUCAACCAGCUGCUCCUCAGAAAAACCGAUUCGAGUUCAAUGAAUCGAAUGUGGGAGUCACCGCCGCACUUGAAGACAUGGAUGACGAUCUUCUGGGAUGGGGUGAAGAUGAUUUGGAUACCACUCUUAAGGAGCAUCGUGAGGAGCAACGCAAGCAACUCCAACUGGAACAUGAACGACGUCUCCAACAGAAAAAGCUCCAAAAUGCUCAAACCCAUCACAUGCUAUAA